AUGGCCCGCCGUGGCCAAGCGAGCAUUGCUCGCCACAAGCAAGAUGACGCCUACGAGCAGUCCAUCAAAGACCCCGAGAAGUUCUGGACGCGUCAGGCCAAGCAGCUGGUAUGGCACAAGGAGCCCACGCAUGCUUAUGCGGAGACCCAGAGGAAGCUCGACUCCGGCACCGAGCACCGCGCGUGGUCCUGGUUCCCCGACGGCGAGAUCUCCACCACCUACAACUGCUUGGAACGACACAUUGAAGCUGGCAAUGGAGAUAAUGUCGCCAUCAUCUGGGACAGCCCGGUCACGAAGCAGAAGGAGAAGUAUACUUAUUCCCAGCUGCAGGAAGAGGUGGCCACGUUGGCGGGAGUGCUCAAAGAGGAGGGUGUUGGCAAGGGAGACGUGGUCUGUGUAUACAUGCCCAUGAUCCCCGCUGCUCUCAUUGGCAUCCUCGCAGUCGCUCGCCUCGGCGCCAUACACGCUGUCGUCUUUGGCGGCUUCUCCGCCUCCUCCCUCGCUCAACGAAUUGAAGCCAGCUCGGCACAAGUCAUCCUGACCGCCAGCUGCGGCAUCGAGGGCGCAAAAGGCCCCUUGCCCUACUCACCCAUGGUGCGAGGCGCCGUAAAAGAGUCUCCGCACAAACCACAACGUACCAUCAUCUGGCAACGCGAACAGAGCAAGUGGGAAGAUUUGUCGGAGCAAGACGGCGAGCGUGACUGGAAGCAACUGGUGGCCAAGGCCAAAGAGCGUGGAUUGAAGGCUGACAACGUCCCUGUCAAGAGCACCGACGGCCUCUAUAUCAUCUACACCAGCGGGACAACCGGCCUCCCCAAAGGAGUCUUGAGAACGGCAGGCGGCCACGCUGUGCAACUGAAUCUCUCCAUCCGCUAUCUUUUUGGUAUCCGCGGCCCAGGCGACGUCAUUUUCACGGCCAGCGACAUUGGAUGGGUUGUCGGGCAUUCUUACAUCCUCUACGCUCCUCUCCUCGCCGGCGCCACGUCAGUUUUGUUCGAAGGCAAGCCGAUCGGAACUCCUGAUGCCGGGACGUUCUGGAGGAUGCUGGAAGAGCAUAAAGUCAAUACCUUCUUCACCGCGCCCACUGCCUUGCGAGCCAUACGCAAGGAAGAUCCGGAAAACAAGUUCUUCAAGAAGCGAGGAGAGGCAGGAGGGCUGAAGAACCUGAGGGCGCUCUUCCUCGCAGGCGAGAGAUCGGAGCCGAGCAUCAUCAAUCUCUACCACGACCUUGUGCAGAAGUACGCUGCCCCCGGCGCCCAGGUCAUCGAUCAUUGGUGGUCAAGCGAGAGCGGAAGCCCCAUGACUGGCCUGACGUUGAUGCCCAAUGUCGCCUUUGACGCCGCCGACACCGAGUUUUCCGAACAGCUGCCCAUCAAACCCGGCUCUGCUGGAAAGCCCUUGCCAGGGUUUGAAAUCAAAAUCGUGGACGACGACGGGAAAGAAGUUGGGCCUGGAGAGAUGGGAAACAUUGUCCUCGGCAUUCCAUUUGCCCCGUCGGGUUUCACUACGCUUUGGCGGGACGAUGAGAGAUUUUGGAAGAGUUAUCUACGCCGCUUCAAUGGGAAAUGGAUGGACACUGGCGAUGCUGGUUUGGCCGACGAGAACGGAUACAUCUGGGUCAUGUCAAGAGCAGACGACGUGAUCAACGUCGCCGCCCAUCGUCUAAGCACCGGCGCCAUCGAGCAAGCCAUCGGAACCCACCCCGACAUCACCGAAGUCGCCGUCGUCCCCAUCCCCGACGAAAUGAAAGGCCAUAUUCCAUUUGCCUUUGUCGGGCUCGAAAACCCCCCCGAUGACCUGCUCAAGGAUCUCAAUGAGCGGCUACGCAAACACAUCGGCCCCAUUGCCAUGCUCGGCGGCUUCAUUUCCCAGCCCGGCGUCAUCCCCAAGACCCGCAGCGGCAAGACGCUUCGUCGGUGUCUGAAGGAGAUCGUCGAGAAUGCUUUGAAUGGCGAGUUUGAUAAGGAGAUUACGGUGCCGGCAACUGUGGAGGAUGCAUCUGUGGUGGACAAGGCGAAGGCUGCUGCGAAAGAUUACUUCACCAACGGAGCGGGUGCGAAGCUGAAGGCGAAACUAUAG